AUGUCAGGGCCUGCCGCUUCCGCUGGUGCAUCCAAGCUCUCUGCCUUCAUUAACCAUCCCGCUGGUCCCAAGACCGUAUUCUUCUGGGCUCCACUCAUGAAGUGGUGUCUGGUCGCUGCAGGACUCAAGGAUAUGGGUCGACCCGCUGACAAGCUAAGCGUGUCACAGAAUUUGGCCCUCACUGCUACAGGUUUUAUUUGGGUUCGAUACUCUCUUGUGAUUACACCUGUGAACUACAGUCUCGCGGCCGUCAACUUUUUUGUCGGCCUUUCUGGUAUAACACAGCUAGGGCGCAUCGCAAACUACCGAAUGAACAACCCUGAACCAGCCAAAUCUAUAUAA